UGUCAGGGGAGGGGGUUCCGUGUGCUACAGCGCUCUGACACUCGGAACAACUAUGCGGUUUUAGCGGGUCGAAAAGGGCCGAGAUACAGCGUCAGGCGCAGACGGAAUCGCCCGUAGAAGAUGCCACCGAUGUGUCGGAGUAUCUAUUGUUGACAUGCGUUCCUGAUUGCUCCCUUGCGAACUCGCUUAGCUUUCGGGGCUACCUACCUCGAAGUUCGGACCUCGCCGCGACACCAAUUUGCACCUUUUUAAAAAAAAUUUAUUAUUAUUUUUUUAAACAAAAAUACCACGACGUCUGCGGAGAAUCGCAUCUUGGACCGUUAAAAAAAAACAUGGAUUCGGAUUCAGUUUUCGUCCACACCAGCCCCGUAAACACGUCGUCGCGCCGCAGGCCCGAUGGGAUCCCCGGGCUUUCCUCGCUGCCCGACCCGGGCACAAGGAGUUCCCACGGCAUCCGAAACCUCUUCUCCCCCGGGCCUUCCGCCGUGCUCUCUCCUGUCACCAACCUGGCGCUGAACAUGAAUAGUUUAGCCGUACUCGGAGGACAAUAUGAUACCCCGAAAAGGAAAAAGCCCCUGCUGAAGAUUCCCUCCUUCGCCUCCGAUGCGUCGUCUGAUGCCGGCCUUGGCAUGGAUUCACCAAGCCCCAUGGAUGAAGUGGAUAUGGAUGAGCCAUUUGAAAAAGCCAUUCAGCAGUCUCGCAGUCUUAUCCACCAGAAGAUGCCAAUUCGUAGAACCAACUCGUUACCACUUCACCUGCUAGGUUUCAGCCCAGUGCUACAAGGACAGGAAGAAGACUUGAACCGCUAUGGAAUAUUUGGCCAGCGCCCCCUCCAGGGAACUACUUCCAACUUUGACCAGGCCAACAAGGAAAAUUUUCCAAAGGAGGGCUUUGAAUUCAAGAAACCAACCAAGCCAGUGUCACGAUGCCGCAUGCGCUCCUUCAUCAGUGGAGAGCCCAAGGAAGCUUUUGCUCGCCGUCCCAACUCAGCACCAGCCCUUAUGCUCUCCCCACCCAUUUCCAAGCACCUAGAGAUUUUAAAUGAAAACAGCCCCAUGUUCCUGAGACGCUGCUCUCUGAAUGACGAGGAGGACGAUGGCUUCCUGGAUGUUCUGGAGGAUGACACAGGGAGUGAUUCUGGGAUGCCCAUGGGAAUGGCAAGUCUGCUCACUGCCCCUCUAGUGGCUGACGCUGAAGGAGACGAUUCGCCUGUGAUUCGCUGUCGCCCACGGAGCCUUUUCAUCUCUCAAUCCAUGCCCAGUCCAAUGGCUCGCCCCCCAAUGAAGCGUGCAGACUACCCCCGGGAUGAAAACACUCCAGUUAGGGUGAAGAGACGACGAAGCGUGGCAGGAACGCAGGACACCGACUCCCCACGCAUGGGUUGUUCUCUGGUCCAGAGGUCCAAGUCCUUCUGUCAGACGGAGAUUGAGAAGCUGCUGGAUGGUGACAGUGGCGCCAAAGAACUGAUAGGGGAUUUCACCAAACCUUUUGUACUAGCCACAGUGGAGGGCAGACAUCAAGACCUCAAGUAUAUCACCCCGGAGAUGAUGAUGGCAGCAGUCAAUGGACAGUUUAGUGAUCUGGUGGAGCGGAUCAUCAUCAUCGACUGUCGUUACCCCUACGAGUUUGAGGGAGGGCACAUCAAGGGAGCAUUGAACCUGCACCAGGAGGAGCAGGUGGAGGAGUACCUCCUCAAGACACCAGUCACCCCCACGUACCCAGACAAACGCGUUUUGGUGGUCUUCCACUGCGAGUUCUCCUCGGAACGUGGCCCACGCAUGUGCCGCUUCGUCAGGGAGCGCGACCGUGCCAUGAAUGACUACCCAAAGCUACAUUACCCUGAGCUCUAUAUCCUCAAGGGUGGCUACAAGGAGUUCUUCCCUAAUUUUCAGUCGAACUGUGAACCCCAGUCUUACCGGCCCAUGCACCAUGAGGACUACAAGGAGGACCUGAGGAAGUUUCGCCUCAAGAGCCGUACCUGGGCUGGAGAGCGUAGUAAGAGAGACCUGUACAGCCGUAUGAAGAAGCCAUGAGAACACACUGCCAAUCCCCCCCCUCUCCCCCAAAACUGCCACUAAACCACACUGGCGCCCGCUCCAGAAAAAAAAGAUGCAGUAGAUGUGUCUCUGGGAGCCUGAGUCCCCUCCCCACACCACUGUAUCGGUUUCUUCCCCCAACUCGCCAGAGAGGAAGUAUCUUUUGAAUUGGGCUCAGCUAGUUUUACAAAAAGGCCGUAGGUUUUCACACACAGCAUGUCCACUAAUCACUAAUCCCAAACUAAAGAGUUAAGUUAGUUAUUUAUGCAAAUAAGUAAGGGAGCAAGAUGAGAUGUAGUGGCCCUAAAUAAGUUCCUGGGGUGCCCUAUGCAGAGAAUCAGUUUCUUGUUGAGACAAAAAAAAAAAGCUGUCUGAAUUAAACCAAAAGCCGUUAUGAGCCUUACAGCUAUUGUACUGUUUUUGUUUUGUUUUUUUUGUUUCUCAAAUAAAUUGUGUCACUGCCACAUUGCAAUAGUAAUGCCACGUUGCAAUAGUACUGCCACGUUGCAAUAGCACAACUCAUUGGACAUGUUUGUGUUUUAUUUUUUUGGGUUUUAUUUUUUUUUCUUUGUCGUUUUGUAUUUUUUCCAUGAGCCUCAUUGGACAUGUCUUUGGUUUUUUUUUCUGUUGUUUUGUAUUUUCAUAGCUCACCUUUUAUUUAAGCACUUAAUUUAAAUAUUUUUGAAAUGUUCGGGUGCUUUUUUUUUUUAACUUUCACUCUAUUAAUUGCUAAACCCUGUCGUUGGGGCGUCCGGGGUAGCGUGGCGGUCUAUUCCGUCGCCUAUGCAUCGCCAGUUCGAUUCCCCGCGUCACGAUUCACCGAAUGCGACACUGAAAGAGGAGAACAAUCAUAACGUGUAUGGAGAGUAUGACGCGCAGGAUGCCGGUCAGAGUCCACACGCCACCGGAACAGCUCGAGGACCCAAGCCACGCGACCUGCACCACCACGCAGGGAAGGAAAAGUGGUGACUGGGCCUCGCGUGCUGGACUUCCACCAAUCUCCGCUCUUCAACAGCAGCCACGAGCGCGUCAGCCGAGUGGUGACUCGCGUGGCUCUUAGCCAAUGGACCCGUCUAACACAGCUCCCCCCCCCCACCCAUCCCCCCCUCCGAAGUAACGAGCCGUCAGUCAAACAACUCCACGAGUCGGUGGUGCGCUCCCCUGCUUGGCUCCCUCAGGGUUCCACGCCGUGUUCGGUGGUCCAGGUCAGGGGCGAGGCUGCAUGCGAUGUGGCGCCGCGGUGUGAACGUUUUAGCGGGGCUCCAACGUUUGAGUCCUGUGUCUAGCGCCGCAACGACCGGGAUCUCACUCCGACCGAAAACCGCCGUGGCCGGGCCAGUUUUUACAACUCUGUAUUCGGUCAAGAUAAAUACCCAGUUGAGAUAUGAACGCAUUGCAUGUGUUAGUAUGUCCAUUAAGAAACGCCUGACCCCAAAAUUAACAGUUUAACAACUUGAAUGCUACUUUUCAAAACAAUUUAAAAUGGCGGCUGUCCCAACGCCUGUAAAUGCUGCAACGCGUCAUGGUGCGUCUGCAACUGCGUCUGAAAAAUCAAAAUGUUGGACUAUUACUCUGCACUGGAGGACGCUAGCGUGUUUCGUGGACAGGGCGACGAACUUUGCGAAGGAAAUGAUGCGGCCGGCACACGUCAUAAGUAGUGCCACGACGAGCACGCGCAAAUGGGCCCUCCCUGGUCGUUUUAGGUACAUCCUAUCGUAACCUUUUUUGUUGUUGUUGUUGCGCGAUUGAUCCGAAACACAUUUUAAUGCAAAUAGUUGCAAUUUUAAGAGAAUUCAGGGAGGGGCUAGUCUAAGUUAUUAAACUUUGAAAAUCCAAAAACGGUCAUAAUGACCGUCCUGGUCGUUCUGGUCCAGAAUCUUGGCCGUGAACUGUCCUCAAGCUUCAGUGGAUGUGUCGCGUGUCUUUUCGCCUUGGUUUGGUGCCUAAGCCCGGCGUUUAUGACGCCGAAGGAUGCUGCCGGCGUAAAUUGGCAAACCAUGUUUGUGUCGAGCAAUGCUGCGCACACUCUCCCAUCUAUCCACCUGUUCCCCCCCCCCGUCUUUAUCCAGUGUAGAGCCAAAUCCGUAAUGCCCCCCAAACUGCUGACCUGCAAGACGGUGGCGCGUCCUUGAGUUGCAGCUUGAGGUUUUCACCUUCGCUCGCCAUUUCUCGCUUCACGCGGAACAUCUAUGCAGCCGGUGCGACACUUCAACGCGCAUCCAUCAGAAGCCGGAUGUGGGUAUGUGUCCUAUUCGCUAAGCUAGCGCCUUCUCUGGUCGGUCGGGGCGCCUGUUCCGGGGGGGGGGCUGGGGGGAAUAGCGUGAUCCUCCCACGCGCUACGUCCCCCUGGCGAAACUCCUCACUGCCGGGUGAAAAGAAGCGGCUGGCGACUCCACGUGUAUCGGAGGAGGCACGUGGUAGUCUGCAGCCCUCCCCGGCUCGGCAGGGGGUGGAGCAGUGACCGGGACGGCUCGUAAGAGUGGGGUAAUUGGACGGGUACAAUUGGGGAGAAAAGCGGGGGGUGGGGGGGACCCCCCCAAGUGUUUGGCUGUUGUGACCCCAAGUGUUUGGCUGUUCUCUGCCACAAUUCACUGUCAUUGUACAUUUGUCAAUUAAGAACUUUUUAAAAACUAGACUGGUGCAGUGCUCUCUUUCUCUGGUUGCAAUAUAUUUUUUUUGUCUUGAUAAAAAGAUCCCAAAGCAAAAUUUGUUAACUUUGCAGUGACUCUUUUUCAUGCUGCAGGUCAGCAAGUGUGACGAUUUCGAUGAAGAGCAUUCUUGUUUUGCUUUGAACCCUUUGGUUUCAAGAGGGAAAAAAAAACCCCUUCCCUUCUGCAGUUGUCAGUUAACAGCGAAUGGGGUGAUUUCAUUUCACAAGUUCAUGGGAGUUGCUUAAAUAAAAAUCUAAUGUGCCUGAUUCUGUUAAGUACAUUGCUCUUAUUACAACGUGUAACUCUUGAAGCAUUUCAGUGUUAAAGUCUGUGAAAAUGUAAUAAAUGCAUUUAUGCAUGAUCGAGUAAGAUUAAGCCUUUAAGAAAAGCUGUAGGCUUUUAAGAGGAAGUUGGGAGCUAUGCGUGGCUGUCGGGCUCAAUGCUGGGAAACUUCCAGUGUUUGCUCUUCAAUACAGAAGGUGCAGCCUGUAUAAAGCCAAAUUAACAUCUGUGGAAAGUAACUUGUAACGCAGCGAGUAAUUGGACAAACCCUGUCCUUUAUCGCAGGAAUGUGGUGUAAAAAACAGUUGAUGUGAUCGUCUUGCUCGCCCUGUGUGGCGUCCGUGUGACGUCAGAGCGUCCCAGCGAGCGAUCUGGGGCAUGGUUAAAAGUUUCAAUGGCGGCAUUUAUGAAACCUUGGGACAGGGGAAUUCUGCUUAAACUGACUUUUGGAGAUGGAUAUCUUGGUUGCAUGUGCUCUUUCGAGCAUUUGCAUGAAUUAUUUUAAGUUUAUUAUUUGGGGGGGGGGGCAUUUCUGCUUUAUUGGACAGUGACAGCAGAGAGAGACAGAGACAGGAAAGGCAGGGGAGAGAGAGGGGGUGACAUGCAGCAAAGGGCCCGGACUGGAUUUGAACCAAGGCCGCUGCGGUAAGGGCUCGGCCUUGAUAGGUGGUACGCGCUCUGCCAGGUGAUCUAUCGGGGCGCCCCCAGAAUUACCAGUUUAUCAUAAUCCAUCUUGUUCAGCGCGUUUUCUUUACCUCUUUAUAAUUUGUAUGUCCUGAAUUUGACCCAGAUAAAUCAGAGGUAAUACUAAGUACAUUUUGCCUAGGGGAGCUGAGCAGUUUAUGGUUCCGGGUCUGAACUUUAGCUCACUAGUGAAGGGCAAAGCUUGUCUGCAUGCCUUUUGUAACAUGCACAAUACAGUUUCUGUUUUUCAAAUUCUCCCGCUCGGGCUGACCUAGGGUGGCUCACUGGUUCCAGCACGUGCCCACACGGAAUUCCUCUGACACACAUGCGUUCACACACAUUCCUGUCUGCGCAGGGAGUGGCUCUAUGUGGGCCAGAGCACGGGAGCCAGCCGUUCUCACGUGCCCUGGCAGGAGCUCAGCGGAUUCUGUUGGGGAGAGGGCUAAAUGGAGAGACACGUGUUGCAAACAUGUGACCGAUCCAGAGCGAGAGAAAGUCAUAAAAACACAACACCGUCCCUCCCCAUUCCCAGGCACGCUGCCAGGGUUGGAAAUCCAGCAGUUUUUCCUCAGUGGCCUUGUGGGUCUAGAAAGAAGCGGCUGAACUUGUUGUUUACAUUCCGCCGCUUGAAGUCUAAAGACUACAGCCAUAUUUGAAAGCUGCACUGCUUAUGCUACUCGGAUUCACAAUAUGACUGAUGUUUUUUAUAUGACAAAAUGUACUGUGAAUAUCAUAAGUAGGGGUGGGAUGAUGUUAAAACUUCAUGUCAAGGUUAUCCUGGCCAAAACAACCGGGAUUCCCUAUAAUAUGGGCAAUAUAGCAAAGAAGCAAUAUGGUAUAUGGGCAAAGGUUGUUGAUUACUCAACCAUAACAAAACUCUGUAUAGUAGUGACAUAUGUGUUGUGCGUACAUGCUUGCCUCCAAUGUCCUGUUAUUGUUCCGUUUAUUUCCUGUUUUUUUGUGGGUUUUUUGCGUGUGUGAGUGAUGUCUGCAAGUGCUAGAAGCUGCUGUGAACCAGAGUCAAAUUCCUCGUGUUCAUACGCACACUUGGCCAAUAAAGUUGAUUCUGAUAACAACAUGUGCUUAAAAUGGGACUAAAACACUUGACCUUACAUGUUGUUAAGAAGCAUUUUUAUUAUAUCACAGAUAGGACAGAUCUUUGUUUUGGCUGGACC